GUGGUGUCUCUGCUCCGCCCGCCGCCCCCAGUCCAUCCUUGUGUCUGACUUCUGUCCUCAGCAUUGUUAUUUCCCCAUCUUUGCCUCGGCGCUGCUGCUGAUGUGUGGGGAAAUGCCCUCUCGUCGUCCUCUGUCCCCCACGCCCAGUCCUCCGGGAGACCCAGAAUGGCAGCCCCCACCUCCGCCCCGCGGGGAGUGUUCUUGCGAACCAGGUCUUCCCCACCAGAAUCCGGGAGGUUCUAACCGUUCGCUUGGGCCCCCUGAUCCCCUCCUUCCCGACGGGGUUUCGUUGGAAGGAAUUAUGCAAAUCCUGCUUUCUGGUGUCCAUUCAGCGGCAAUUUCAUGCGGGUUUGAAACUAUUCUUGAAGGGCUGUUUGGACCUGCAUUAUUAAAAGAUCUCAGUUUAUUUAAAGAGUGUGAGCCUGAAAACAUUUCUGAUUGGACUUUUGAUGAAAAUUGUCUGUUCUGUUGCUUAAGAAGAGAUAAAGUAAAGGGACACUUAGUCCGCCUGGAUGAACCAGCUUCGGGAGCUGGGCAAGAAGCUCUCCUUAAACAAGAGCAAGCGAAAAUCAUUCGAUUCGAGAGACAAGCAGAAGAGUUCCUCAAUGCAGUCUUUUAUAGAAAAGACAGUCCCUGGGUCUCCGACCCCAAUAUUCCCCUAGUGGCCCGUGAGAUCAUGCAGCGAAUGAUCCAACAAUUUGCUGCUGAAUAUACCUCAAAAAAUAGCUCUACUCAGGACCCCAGCCAGCCCAAUAGCACAAAGAACCAAAGCCUGCCGAAACCAUCUCCAGUCACCACCUCUCCCACGGCUGCAACUACUCAGAACCCUGUGCUCAGCAAACUUCUCAUGGCUGACCAAGACUCACCUCUGGACCUUACUGUCAGAAAGUCUCAGUCAGAACCUAGUGAACAAGACGGUGUACUUGAUCUUUCCACUAAGAGAAGUCCAUGUGCUGGCAGCACUUCCCUGAGCCAUUCUCCAGGCUGCUCGAGUACUCAAGGGAACGGUGAGACUUCAACAGAGACACUAGCAGUAGAUUCUAACAAUCAGUCGAAGUCCCCCCUGGAGAAGUUUAUGGUCAGACUCUGCACUCAUCAUCAAAAGCAAUUCAUUCGUGUUCUGAGCGACCUGUACACUGAAUCUCAGCCAGACACUGAGGACUUGCAGCCUUUAGAUUCUGGAGCAAUGGAUGCAUCAUCUUGCAAUGCUGGCUGUGCCCAGCUCAGCAACAGACAUAAGGAAAAUGAUGCUAUGUGCCUCGAUAGGAAGUCUCCUACUUCUGUAGAUUUGUUUGCAGACUCACUGGGCUCUCACAGCUCUCUGUAUGUGAAAGAACAGACCCUGAAGGAGCCUCCUCCUGAGACAAACUGUGUAGAUGAAAGAGAGAAUGCCUUGACUGUUGUCCAGAAAGAUUCCUCUGAACUUCCAGCCACUCAACCUAAUUCUGGCAGUUCAACAGAUAGUUCCACUCUGGGAUACCUCACUGCAUCUAAUUCUUCCUCAUUGAAUUCCCACCACAUCUCUAAAAGCUUGGAGGGGCAAACCACUGGACAAGAGCAAGACCUAAGUGUGAAGACAUCUGAGGAUGGUAAAGACCAUAUACAGAGUUCAGCUUUAAUAGAAAGUCCGAUUGCAGUAAAAGUGGCAGCUGAGAAUAAUGAGGAGAGCAAUAGCUCUAUUAUUUCUCAACGAAAUUCACUUAAAGCUUUAUCAGAAGAGACAUGGGACUCAGGGUUUAUGGGAAACUCACCUAAAACUGCUGACAAAGAGAAUGGUUUACAGUGUAGCUCAAAAACAUCAUUGCAUCAGGAUUUAGAGGCAAACGAACAAGAUGCAAGGCCAAAGCAAGAAAACCAUCUUCACUCACUAGGAAGAAAUAAGGUGGGUUACAAUUCACAUCCCAGUGAUAAGGGCCAGUUUGAUCAUUCCAAAGAUAUUUGGUUAGCUCCCAGCCCCAUGCCAGCUGUACACAAAGCAUCUAAUGGACACUCACGUACCAAGAUAUCAGCUUCCAUCAAGACAGCUCGGAAAAGUAAAAAGGCAUCAGGGUUGAGGAUAAAUGAUUAUGAUAAUCAGUGUGAUGUUGUUUAUAUCAGUCAACCAAUAACAGAAUGCCAUUUUGAGAAUCAAAGAUCUAUGUUAUCUUCUCGGAAAACAGCCAGAAAGAGUACUCGAGGGUACUUUUUCAAUGGCGAUUGCUGUGAGCUGCCAACUGUUCGCACACUGGCCAGAAAUACACACUCCCAGGAUAAAGCAAGUUGCUCAUCACUAGCAUCAGAGGCUAAUAAUGUAACUCCCAAGCAGACCCUUACAAUUUCAUCCCCUAGGCAUACAGUAGAUGUGCAGCUUCCUAGAGAGGGUAACCUUGAAGAAUCUUGUAAGGAAAUAAUUUCCUUCCAACAGGGAGGCAAAGACACUUCUUCUGCAAAAGAGCCUCAAGAGCCUGAGGCUUACCGUACAAUAAAUGAACCAAAUCCCAGCAGCUCUCCUAGGCUGGGGGAGACAACAGCCCCUAGCUUAGUGUGUCCUUUGCCUGCUUGCUUCCCUGAAGAGGAUGUACUGGAAGGCAGAACCAUGAUCUCUGCUCCCACAGCAAGUGUGGUGUCUCCACCUGAACAAGACCAACAAUCAGUUGCCUUGCCAGAUGUGGAGGAGAUGAGUAUACUCCAGGACUGCCACUUGGUUCCCGCAAUUGAAAACAUUUCUGACGGAGGCAGUGAAGAAGUCCCUUCUAGGCCUCAGUCUCUUCCAGAAACAGUCAGUAGAGAAGAAAAUCCUUUCUGCUUGGAAAAUAGAAGUCCUCCUGUGGGCUGGGAGCCUCCCCUGAAUCUGGGACCAGCUGAGCACAAACAAAGCUUCAGUACUGAGGCUGGGACUGGAGAUAUUCAAGAGCUACAGACUGAGCCAUUCCUGAAAGCAAGCAGCACUUUCCGUAAUGAAAACCCUGGUGAGAUUGAAGAAGGUGAAGCAACAUGUAGUACAGUAUACUUAGAGGGAGAGGAAAGUGCUAUAAAAUCCUCUUCAGAAAAAAAUACCUGUGAUCCAAACAUUGACUCACCUGAAGAGAAUUUGGACAAGAAGAAAAAAGGUAAAAAGUUCCCUGAGGCCUCUGAUAGAUGCUUAAGAAGUCAGCUUUCAGAUUCUUCCUCUGCUGAGAGGUACCUAAGACAUCAAAGUUCAGAUUCUUCCUCUGCUUGUCCUGAGAUCAAAGUUUCUAAAAACCCUGGAGCAAAGUGUUCUAAAAAAGAAGACUAUCCUGUUGGGACAAUGCCUGAGGGCUUUCUGAAUGACAGUCCCCAUACAGAAGUUCUAGAAGAAACUGAAAACCCAAAUGCCAGUGAACGCCCCUCUGAGAAAGAGAUUGAACAGGAGUGUGGAGGAAGUGGUAUCAUUACAAGGCAAACUUUUAAAAACAUGCUGACAAAAGAAGUCAAGAGAGAACAAGAGGCGAUCUUUCCUAGCAGGGAUCCUAUAACCACAGUUGGCCAGCCACUGCCUGGAGAGAGACUAGAAAUCUAUGUCCAGUCUAAGAUGAGUGAGAAAGAUGCUCCUGUGCCCUCAGAAAGUAUUCUUUGUAAGAGGGACCUAGAGCAGUCAAAUGAGAAGCCAAAACACAUUCCCAAACAGGAUGUAGAGGCAGUCGUAAAUGAAGUAGACCAUGAUGACACCCAGCAUAAAGAUGAUGCUAACCACCAGGUCCUGUCUAGCUCAGUUGAGAUGUCAGGUGGUCAAAGUGGUGAUGCUGCUGGACCACCAAAAUUGAUACCAAGGCCUAAACGAUUGACCUCUUCAACCUACAACUUGAGACAUGCUUACUCUCGGGACUCCUUGGAUACUACAAAAGUGACUUCAGAAAAGGAAGCCACACCAGUAAUCCCAAUGCCAAAGGAAAAUGAAGCUUCUGAGAGUGCAGAUCCCAUAGAUGAGGAGGGUGUGGAUGCAGUGGUGGAUGAACAGCCGAAGUUUGUGGAGUGGUGUGCAGAGGAGGAGAACCAGGAGCUGAUUGCCAACUUUAAUGCCCAGUACAUGAAGAUUCACAAGGGGUGGAUCCAGUUGGAGAAAGAAGCACAACCAACACCAAGAGCAAGGAACCGGUCAGAUAAACUGAAGGAAAUUUGGAAAAGCAAAAAAAGGUCACGGAAAUGCAAGGGUUCAUUAGAAGCUCAAAAGUUUUCUCCUGUUCAGAUGUUAUUUAUGACAGACUUUAAAUUAUCUAAUGUUUGUAAAUGGUUCUUAGAGACAACUGAAACCCGGUCUCUGGUCAUUGUGAAGAAGCUCAAUACUCGUCUUCCAGGAGACACUCCCCCUGUCAAGCAUCCUCUUCAGAAAUACUCUCCUUCCAGCCUGUAUCCCAGUUCUCUGCAGGCUGAGCGCUUGAAAAAACAUUUAAAGAAGUUUCCUGGAGCUACCCCUGCUAGGAAUAAUUGGAAAAUGCAGAAACUCUGUGCUAAAUUUCGAGAGAAUCCUGCUCAACUAGAGCCAGAGGACAGCAGUGAUGUCAGCCUCAGCCAUAACUCUGAAGACAACAAAGAGGAAGUCAAAGAAGAUAGGAAUAGCCACCCUCCCACAAACCUGCCUACUCCAGCCAGUACAAGAAUCCUCAGGAAAUAUUCUAAUAUUCGAGGAAAGCUCAGAGCCCAACAACGAUUGAUGAAGAAUGAAAAAAUGGACAGCCCUAUGAGUGUGGCAGUGGAAAGUAAGCAGAAUCGUAAAAGUGUAUGCAUCAACCCUCUGAUGUCCCCCAAGCUUGCCCUCCAGGUGGGUGCAGAUGGGUUUCCCGUUAAACCCAAGAGUACUGAAAGAAUGAAGGGAAGGAAGGGAAAGCAGAUGUCUGAAAUCUUGCUUAGAGCUGAAGUUCAGAGCAAACGCAAGAGAACAGAAGGCAACACCACUCAGGACAGUAAGGACAAGGCACUGACAGUGAAAGCUGGCAAAGAAAAGCACAUUGAAGGUCCCACCAAAACCCCUUCUGCCAAGAAGCCAUCUAUAAGGGACAAAGUCAGCCAACUGCCGAAAAAAGUGUCUUUGAAAGAGAAUAAAGUGAAGAUCCCUAAAAAGUCCUCUGGGAAGAACUGCCUGUCCUCCAGGAAAGAAAAAGAAAAUACAAACAAAAGGCCUGCCACCUCAGAAGCACUGAUGAGACCUGCAAAGCAAAAGGGAUCAGGUGAAUCCUCUUCCAGGACCCAGAAAGCCACGAACAGGAAGCCAAGCAGUGGGAAGACUCGGACCAGACCCUCAACAAAAGGCCCAGAAAACAGUGUGGCCCAGAGAAAGCGAAAGCUCAAGGCAAAGCUGGACUCUUCCCACAGCAAACGGAGACGUUUGGAUGCAAAGUGAUGGAAGGAUGUCAGCCAAGAGUGAAACUGUUCUAUAGAAGUAACCUUUUAUUUUGCAUUAUCUAAAUCGCUUUUAUAAGCUUAUCAAGCCUUUCAAAUUACAGUUAAUAGAAAACACCACAAUUUGAGAUGUCAGAAAAUGCAUCUCAGGUAGAGAAGGGAACUUGUAGAGUCCUUCUCUGAGGUUGAGUAAGGGAAGUUAUAUAUUAUAUUCUGGUUGUUCCUUGGGUUUUAAACUUGGAACCAAGCAGUUUUUGUUUUAAAAAGUACAGUGCCUUAUUUAUCCUUUUUGUUUUAAAAUUUACAAAAGCUAAAAAGCUGAUCUAUGUGAUUAAAGGCUUGUAUUUUAUACUUGAUGCACAAGCACUUGUACUGUAGCCAAGAAGACCACCGUCAUGCACAUGAAAGGAGCUUUCAGCAGCCACCCUGCAGCGUCUGCUCCUGAACAGACGCCCUCUGCAAACCACAGCAGCAACUUCCCUCUCUGUCAUGUUUGUUUUUUGUUCAAGUAAUAUUUGAAAGCUAAACCAAAUCAUUCUUAUGGUAUGUGGAGAAUGCAGAGGAUAUAUAAUUAUAAAAGAUUAAUAUUUCUGUUACCUUCUUUUAAAAAUCAUAUUCAUUGUUGGUCACUCUUCUCACCUUUGUUUUUGUUUCAUUUUGGUUUUGGUCUUUUUUGUCACUUAAGAACAUAUUCUCUAAAUCUCAUGCCCAUGGGACAAAAAGUGUGUUACAAAUACUCAUUUUGGUUUAUGACCUCUAAAACUUACUUGCAUCCCCAAACUCUGUUUUGGCUGUAUUAAUGAUUAUUACUAUCUUUUUUUUUUUUGGCCUUGCGAGCUUGUUAGCAUUCUAACAGGUAUUCAUCCUAUUUUAGAAAAAAAAAAAAAUCUUUUUUAUCAUGUGGCUAUAAUUUGAUGAUUAAGAUGAAAGUGAUUAUUCUUAUUUUUUUCUUAUCCAGAGUACUUCCCUAUUCAGAGAAAGCCAAAAUAUUAUUUCCAUUAAUAGGAAAUUUUAAGAAUAUGGGUGCACAUGUGCAUUUGGAUGUAUUUGCAUAUGGUUAGCAGCUGUAAAUGUCUCCCAAUCUCGAUUUUACAGAAAGUUCUUUCUUCCCCAUGCAGUGUGUUCAUGAAGCUGAGUAAUUAGCACAGGCUGUAUGGUUUAAAAGUGGCCCAGUGACUCGAUGUGCAUCUUGAUACCACUUUAGCACCAGAUUCUGAGGGGCAUGAACAGCACAGUGGUGUAGAAUCAGGAGUCCCUGACAACUGGAGGAAGCUGCCCCAGCAGUUCAAUUGUGUCUACCACCCUACACACAGAACUAAGGUUCAGCUGUGUGCUGAAUACACCAAGUGAAUGUAUUUGUCUGGAGUAGAUGUCUAUUUGGAUUGAUUAGUGCCAUCCUAAGUAGUUAAAUGCUGAUAGUAUCACUCCUCCCAUAUCUCCUCCACAUGGUCUGUUCCAUGGCUUAGAAGUAAGAAUUGCAUAUUUGUAAUUGAUGUUGUCUGCCUUUUCUAGGUAAAGCCUGAAAUAGGCCCAUUGGCUUUACUCAGUGCCUAUGACAUUGCUCUGUUUAUAACACAGUGUGUACUUCACAUUUCCAUUGGGCCACUCUGAAAAAAAAAAAGGCUUGGUUGUUAAAGUCUCAGCUUCUUUAACAUACUCCGUCACCAAAAUAGGCUGGUAUAUACAGCUGUUGCCUUGUCCUUUUAAAAAAGAAUUCCAUUUAAGUUGUUGAUCUCUUUUGAUGUCUUUAGAUAAACCCAGAUUUACUUUUUCAUGCAGAUCAUGAUAAAACAAGCUCCCUACCCAUUCUAUUAAAGGUUUGCUGUAUGUGAUAAAAACUUCCAAUUGAAUAGGACUAAAGAAAAGCAGUAGAUUCAUGAGAAAUUGAGAGUUGUAUUCUAUUUCAGACAGUGAAGUUUACUAUCUUCAAUGAAGCCCUCAUUUUUAUUGUUUUGUGUGUGUGUGUGUAUGUGUGUGUUUUAAUGUCUGAUCUAUCCCAUGAGUCUUUUGUUUUUAUUAUCUUUGACUUGGACCUUUCAAGAGCUACCUAUAUUAAUGAAACUGCUGAGUGUGUGUGUUGGCAACCCUUUUUCAGCAUUAAGUUGCACAGAAGCAUUAAUAUGUUUUGAAUAAGUUCAUUUAAUCUUAAAUUUUGUUUUAAGGCUUAAAAAAUUAUCUUCUCAUAUAGUUGUCACUGGAUAGUGUUUUUGUGGUGACUUAAAGAGCUGAUGUUUGCCAAUAUCAGGUGUGCUGAUUCCUGUACAUAAGACGUGCUCCCUUGGCUGCUGAUAGGCUACCUUGUAAGGUGCUUGGAUUAGGUUAGGGAGAGGUGUGAGAUAGAUAGAAGUCAGUGGAACAGUUCUAGUUCCAAGUUUAUAAUUCAUUCCAUUUCUUUUCUAAAUUCUUUUUCAUUUUUAGAAGUUCACUUCAAGAUAACAGCCAUCUCUCUCAUUCUAGGCUGCAUUUAAGGAAGUCAGUGUGUAUUUAUUUAUAUUAUACACCUAACAAUGCCAUGGAUUGUCUUUAAAAUGGACUUACACUUUUCAGCAGUUUCUACAUUUAAAUAGACUGAAAUUCUAAAAAGUUAGGAGACUUAAAACUUUAGAAAAUUUUUGGUUGAAUCUCAUCUUUGCUUAUUCAGUUAAUUUUGCUAAUAAAAGAAAGAAAACAAAAAUAAAACUUGAGGGCCAACUCUGGAAGGUCUGUUUGCACCUAAAGCAGAUACUGGAAAAGUUGUCUCCCAGACACCUCCAAGCCCAGAAUUGAUAUGGACUCCAGUCUCCUCUUGUUUUCCCUCCUUUGAAAAGACCUCCUUUUUGUAGCCAUUUUCAAGUAUGGCAUGCUACCAAAUACAAAGGCAGUCUGUCCCACAUUCUGGAUCCAAAAUCACAAAGGAAUUCUGCUCCAGGGCCUGUACUCAGUGAAGUGACUGCCUCAGUGGUAGAGCUGAAGUUGAUGACCAGAGAACUGAUAUUCCCUGAGUUUCUGGAGGAGCUGGAAGAUGCCUAGGAAACCAUCAGUGGAAUUGUACCAUAGCUUCUCCAAAGCUGGGCCCUCUUUGGGAGUCCCAUUUCCUCUCUCAUCAGGCCCACUAGGGGUGGGAGUGCUCCUUCAGUUGAGGUCCAGAGCCUCACUCCAUCACUUCCUCAGACUGACAGUCUUGCAGUACAACAAGAAGGCCACAAACCUUUCUUUACUCAUGUCUGCUAAUGAGCACUUGCUAGUCCCUGUGAUUCUUUAUUAACAACUUCUACAUACCCCUAUCUAAAAUAGUAAUCUUCAAGUGUGAUUUUGUGCCUCAUUGUUACUAUAAUGGUACAGAGAGAAGGGUGUAUUAGUCAUCCAUUUACAUGUGGUGCUCUCUCAAGGAAUCUUUUGUGCACCAUGUACUGUGCAGGUGAAGUUCUCACUGUUCAACUUUGUCAUCAGUAAAAUGCAUCACUCUAAGACAGCUCCUUUGAAUUAAGGUUUGGCCUCUUUUCCACUUUGUGGUAGAUUCUUUGAUGAGGGCAAAAGCUGUCACUCACUUAUGGGCAACAUUUCUAUUGAUCAUUGAACUUAAGAGCCCAGAAGGAAAGGAUGACAUGGUUAUGUGAUGCAAGCAGAAGAUGUAGUGUUAACCAUCAGCAAGUCCGGUGUCUUGUGACAACACCUGGGUCAUGGCUGGAAUACCCCAAAGGGGCUGGCCAGUAGACAGGGAGCCACCCUGCCCCUUUUGUUCUCAGGUCAGCUGGUGUAGGAUUCUUUUUGGCUUGCAGAUGAUCUGAAGAUCUGCACAAUGUGAACUGGUUGUUAGUUUGUCUAAAUAAAGUUUCGUUGGAACAUAGCUUUGCCCAUUUGCUUACUGAUUGUGUAUGGGGCAGAGCAGUUGCUGCAGAGACCAUAUGGCCACAAAGCCUAAACUAUUCUCUUAAGAGUUAGUUUGCUUGCCCCUGCUUCAGAAAAUAAUGUUUGUUCAGGACAGAAUCUCCCUGGAUUUCUUUCUUGUGCUUCUUAUUUUUUCUGUUCUCUUCUUUGCUUCCUUUAUUCCGUAUCUGAGUUUUAUUGUUUAUUAUGCACUUCUUUGUUUCUUACUGCAAAGGAAACAUACUGAUAGAGUACAUGGACUACCAUCUUGUUAAACUUGGGCUGCCUUAGGUUCGGGACUUUAGUGAACCUGGAGUCCUCCAAAAAUCACAUGUAGAUGAAGGAAAAGGCUUUUUACAGAGUGAGAACAAUGUCUGACAACAAGCCCAAAGCACUGUUUUUUUCUUACGUUUUUGGUCAGCUUUGGGGAAAAUAAAAAUACAUUGGGGUUGAUCUCUUUUCGGCCACAUUCUUGCAAAAAUAAUUUUAUUAAAAGUAAGCCAACAGAUUAAAAAAUUGAGGCAUUUGAAGUGCUUUGGAAAAGAAUGAUUUAAAAUGUUAACCACCUGAGUAUGACUGAGAAAGUAUGGAUUCUAUCUUUAGUUCAAAUCCAGUCAGCUUCCUCCAAGAUAUUUUCAUUCCCCAAAAAAACUCAUGGAUACAUUUCUUUGCUAUUUUCCAAAAUGUAAUUGUCAUGUCAAUGAAAAAAUUUUUGUCAGUGACUUCAAGCAAUGAUACGUUGUUUUCAAACAUAAUAUUUUUGGAGAGAGUGCAAUGCUGAGGAUCAAACCUAGGGCCUCAUACAUGUUAGGGAGUCACUCUACCACUGAGCUACACCCCCCCCAGCCCAAUUAUUUUGAACUUUUAGCUAUUAAUUUUAUGACUUAUUAUGGCUUAAUACUCACUGAAAUGUCUGUCACCAGUAAGGCAAUUUUCAUAUCCAAGCAAUAUGUACUCCUCCCCAUGCUUGCUCGCAAAUUCUUUUCACAGAAAAAUAAAGGAUUAUUGUAUUUAAAGCAAGCAGAGGCUUGGCAUGGUGGCAGGUGCCUGUAAUCCCACCACUUGGGAGGCUGAGGCAAGAGAAUCACCAUGAGUUUGAGGCCAGCCUGGGCUACAUAAGUGAGUUCAAGGCCAACCUGCACUACAUAGAUCCUGUCACAAAUAAAUCAAGCAAGCAGAAUUAGGGGAAGCCUUUUGAGACAGCCUUCAACAUAAUUUAACCCUUGGAAUAUCAGAAGAGUGCUGUCGUCAACACUAGGUGAGUUGGGAGCCUUGAGGGCCCAGCCUCUUUCCUUUAGAUGUCAUAUUUACAGAAACGCAGAGCACAUAGAGUUUUCAGUUAAGUGUUUUGCUCUGCUUCCCUAGGGGCCCCCAGGAAUCACCUUGAGCACCUUGCAGAAGUGUCCUUGCUCAUGCUUUUUCCCUUGGAAUUGGGUCAUAGCUAGUCAUUUCCUUUUGUAACCACCUGUCUGUUCGGUCUUCCUUUUCCCAGAGCCUUGGUGGCAGCACGCAUCCUGUGCUCCCUCAGGUGGGCAGUGGUGCAGUGAUGAGCACAGACCCUUAAGCUUUCACGCCCAAUAGGACCAUCCCAGUUAACACAAGUAUUGAGUAUGCAAGCAUAAAAGCAUGGACUGCCCAUUUGAAAAAAGUAACCAGGUGCCCAUGGUAUUAUAUCAGGUUGGAUAAAUGGAUUUCACCUUUCUUGUAAAGGGCUGUGAUAACAAACUAUGUGGCCCACACUAAAAAAUUUACUACCUAACCUUUUACAGCACAGGUUUACUGGUCCCUACAAUAGUUAUUCAAGAUUAAAUUACAUGAACAAUUAGGCACACAUUUUUGUUUGUGUAAUACAGCACUGCAACAAUUCUUUUAGAUUUUAGGGUAUCUUGUCUUUUCAUACCACUACACAGCUGCUGUUGCACAUUAUUCCUGAAUGAUGUUUGUGGGUUAGAAAAGAUACCCUCUUUGCUGAUUGAAUAUUUAUUGUUAAAUUACGGGCCUAUAAUCUACUAGGGUGUGUAAUUAAAAGUACAAAGUCUUCUAAAAGUUCACUGUGAUUCAUUUUUAUGAUGUAUUCAUUUUUUGAACCAUAGUGAACUUGUCCUGGUAAAAGACAUUCCACUGCGGCAGUGAUCCACACAAACUACCUAUUUUCAGCUUAGAAUAGUGCCUCUCCCUCAAAGUACAAGUUCUGUUGGUUGUACCCAUAGAGCCCUCUAUGUCUUUUUUGUGUCUAGGAUAUUUGCAGGUUUAUCACUCUCCAAACUUUGAACUUGAAUGACUGGUCUUUGCUUGAACCUCAAAUCUAAACCACACCUUUUUUUUUUUUUUUUGAGACAGGGUCUCACUAUGCAGUUCAGGC